AUGGCAUCCGAGGGUCAGGAGCCGUUAGUGACUGGAUUCUUCGGGAUGUCAAGCGUACUGCAGGAAGACCAACGACACGAUGGUCAGUGUUCUUCACAAAGAGUCGUGAAGAAAGAUAUGCUCGACGAUCGUGGACUUGCGAUUCGUGCUAUUAGUUGUUCAAAUGAAUCGAUGUUCAUGGACAAGCUCGUGUUGACGAGAGCGCCGACGCCACCGACUCCUCUACUGUCGCAUGUUCCGAGAUCUCUUAUUGUCGUCGUGAAACGCUAUCGAUUUGGCGAAGCUGGUGGAAGCAAAGUAGAAGAGAAAAUAAACGUUAGCAGAGAGCUCUUUCUCAAAGACCUUUAUGUGGACUCUGAAGUGAAAAAACAAGAAGGAGUAGCUAGGCGAAGUUUGUCUCAGUCUACUGAGUCUUUUAACGGUGAGCGGAGACAAAAUGGUCAUGUAGAUGAUGAUGACGGAGCUGCAGAAUGUUCAUCUACGAAAUGUCAUAUUGACGUUGGCAGUGAAUCUAGUCUUGAUGUCUUUGAACCGGAUCAAGCAAUUCAUGAAGUCUCAACGGUAGACUCGCACAUGUGUAGCGCGUGUUUCUGUGACACAUCUACGUCAUUUGCUGAAACGGCGACUACUCCUUCUUCCAGUGCCAUAGACUUGAGUAAUCCAGCUUCACGUGUAGCACUUUCACCACUGAAAAUGAAUAAAGUGGCUUUCGCUGGAGAGAAAAGGGAAUUAUUCGACUCCUCUUCGAAAGCAAACAUCAUGGAAGACGUCGUUCUGGAGUCUCCAUCUCGUCUUUGCGGAAAGAUUGCUGGCGAGCUUGCCCAUCCGGAAAAAGAAAACGUUGAGUUUCCUUUCUCAAAUGUCGUGUAUAGUGCAGUGGAUAAUAUCGUAGUUAAACAAACCGGCGGAUACUUGAAGGAAAACUCAUAUGAAGAGGCAAAUGGCUCAACGGAAAAUGGAGCGUAUUGUGCGCUAGACGCUCGUGUUCCAGAAAAUACACACACAGGAGAUAGAGAACGAAUUUGUUUGGAAAAUAAUGGUGUUGAUGCUAAGGCUGUAAUCAACGUAGAAGAUCUCUUUUCUUCCCCCAGUCGUGGUGACAUGCACCCAGACCACGUAACGAAGCCUUUGAAACCGUCAUUACGUGCAUCAGUUGUUGAAUCUACUAAUUCGUGGCCUGGUACUAGUCAGGAUAAUGUUGCUGUUAUCAGCAAAAAUGAGGAACAAAUAACCUUGAUUUUUCGCCCAGUUCAGGAGGAAUGUCAGAAAAAAUGGUGCUCGCGGUUUGGUUUGAGAUAUGUAGGGUCUCCAGAAAGGAUGUCCGAAGAUGGUGAGUGGGGCACACAAGUAGAGUUGGUUGCAGCUGCAUGCUUUCUUGGGGCGAACAUCUACACAUUUCUUGAAGGCAGAUGGCUUAGAUAUAGACCGUUGUUCCGCUGGGGCAUGGGUGGUAAUGCACCAAUUAUGUUGAAACUGGAUGAGUGUAAUGAAGACAAAGGUGCGAUCUUCAUUUCUAAUGCCAGUGGAUGCCACUUCCAGCCGGCUAUAGGUAUUGACCAUGUUGAUGCCCACGAAAUUUUUUCAGAUAAGGAGGAACUUGCGUUCGCGUAA